AUGUCCAAUUUCUGGGCCCAGCCAUCCCCUCCUGCUACCAGCCUCGGUCGCCAUCGUCAAUUGGCACCUUCGGCCGGAAUCCAUGUUUCACCCAUCUGCCUUGGUGCCUUGAGCAUCGGAGACAAAUGGGGUGUCUUGGGUUCCAUGGAUAAAGAGACCAGCUUCAAACUACUCGACACCUUCUAUGAGGCUGGUGAAAAUUUCAUUGAUACUGCGAAUAGCUAUCAGGAUGAAUCUUCUGAAGAAUUCCUCGGGGAGUGGACGGAGACUCGAGGCAUUCGAGAUCAGAUAGUUAUGGCAACAAAAUACACUAACAACUUCAAGCGUGGCGACCCCAACAUCAAGCAAAAGACGAGUUAUGUCGGUAACAACCUUAAGUCAUUGCAUAUCUCGGUGGAAGCUUCACUCAAGAAACUUCGCACCGACUAUAUCGACAUUCUGUAUGUGCAUUGGUGGGACUUCGCUACCCCAGUCGAGGAGGUCAUGAAUGGCCUGCACAACCUUGUUGCCCAAGGCAAGGUGCUUUAUUUGGGCGUGUCGGAUACGCCUGCUUAUAUCGUCUCCAAGGCGAAUACUUACGCUAAGCUCAGCGGCAAGACUCCGUUCGUGGUCUAUCAAGGUGCUUGGAGUAUUCUAUAUAGGGAUCUAGAGCGGGAGAUCUUACCCAUGGUGAAAGAAGAAGGAAUGGCCAUUGCUCCUUGGAAUGUUCUGCACGGGGGCAAGAUCCGUACUGACGCAGAGGAGCAACGAAGACGUGAGACAGGCGAGAAAGGCCGGACUAUCACUGGACCCGAGUGGGAGCGUACCGAAAGUGAACGUCAAGUUUGUCUGGCUUUGGAGAAGGUUGCCAAUGAAAUUGGCGCAAAGUCAGUUACCUCGGUUGCUAUCGCCUAUGUGAUGCAAAAGGCUCCCUAUGUCUUCCCGGUCGUCGGUGGUCGUAAGAUCGAACAUCUUCACCAGAAUAUCGAAGCUCUCGAGAUCGCUCUUUCGCCCGAGCAAAUUGCGUAUCUCGAGAGCGUCCAGCCGUUUGACCUUGGGUUCCCCACCGGAGUAUACGGGGACGGGUCUGACUACAAUUUCCUGUACAAGAAUGCCGGUCACUUUGACAAGUGGCCGGCUGCUCAAGCAAUUCGUCCCUCGAAGAAUUAGGCUUCAAUCACGCUCCAUCUUGAUGAUAACCGUCCGUCAGGGUGUUCGUUGUAGCUGUAAAUAUCCGAAUUGAAUCUACGGUAUCAAUAUAAAUAUACAUGGUCGUUUGCGAUUC